AUAUUUAAUCCACUGUGCUGAUAUCUCUGCUUUAAAUGGACGUAAGUUCUACUGCUCUGGCUACUGUCACUAUAACAUAAUAUCACUUCCUAAUGGUGGAGGAUUUGCCAAUUGUGGUAAAAAUUCUGUUUGUACAAAAGUAAAUAUUCCUGCAGCCCGUCUUAGCAUAAUAAAGGAAAUCGAAGUAAAGCAGACAGCACAACACAACUACAUAAACGUUAUACUCAAUGAAAGAUAUUCCACUUUUUGCGCAAAUCUUCGCACACUUCCGCUCUGUGUGUCAGCGUGUAACCAAGAGUCGGCCGUCAUAUUUAUUUUCUAAAAAGAUGGGUGAACACACAGGCUUAACAAACUGUGAGGCUCGAGAACUUUGCAGAAAGCCUGACCCAGCGACAAAUGGUUAUAUAAUGCAACAAACAAUGUAUCGUAUUAAAGAUCCAAGAAAAUCAUUACCUUUUUAUACUGAAGUACUCGGUAUGCAGUUAUUACAGAAACUUGAUUUUCCUGAAAUGAAAUUCUCUCUGUACUUUUUGGGAUAUGAAGAUCCAAAAGACAUACCUACUGAUAAGAGAGAAAGUAUUGAAUGGACAUUUAGUCGUAAAGCUACUUUAGAACUUACUCAUAAUUGGGGUACAGAAACUGAUCCUGAUCCCAAGUACCAUAAUGGGAAUACUGAACCUAGAGGAUUUGGCCACAUUGGAAUCACAGUACCUGAUGUAGAAAAAGCAUGUAAAAGAUUUGAAAAGUUAAAUGUGGAAUUUGUAAAGAAGCCUAAUGAUGGUAACAUGAAAGGAAUUGCUUUUAUCAAAGAUCCAGAUGGUUAUUGGAUUGAAAUUUUAAAUCCAGUAAAUAUUGCAAAUUUAGUACCAAAUCAAUAAAGGAUUUGGCAUAAUGUAAUUCUUUUGAAUACUCACAAAUGUAUAAAUUUCAUCAAACAAAACAAUCAGAACUAAACCAAAUCAUUUUUAUGCAUAUGUAUAUUUAAUUUUAUAUGUACAUGUACAUGUGCAUAGUAAAAUUGUAAGAUUGUAAUUAUUCAUAUUUAUGUAUAUUUUAUAGCACCUGUACAUUAUUAU